CACGCCAGCUUAUUCUUGCGACAAACUAUUUCAUUCAACAGCUCAGCUGGAAGAACGAAGGUACUUUGUGUGGAUUUCAUGGAAUAAACUGAACGUAUAAUGAACUAUUUUCAACUCAAAAUAGUGAAGAUGUCUUUCCAUACUUAGGAAUGCUAGAGAGUGAAUAGAUGUUGAUGUUAAUGUAAUAUCGUAAAUGUACGGAGCGCGGGAAAUGACUGUUUUCGUUGAAUCUUCUAGCAGACGACUCACUCAAUGAGAAGUUUUCGUGACCUGUGAAUCCUGGAUCGCGACCCUGGGCUGGAAGAUUCGUGAUAUUUGUUAUCUGAUAUCUUUUUUCUUUUUCGAUUCUCCAUGUUCAAACUUUUAUCUGAUCACUGGAAAAUUUAUAUAUCUGACAUUCUGUCGAACCUUGAUGUAUCGCGUUCCCGUGAUUUGAGCAGAUGAAAUCAUAUUUUCAAGAGCAUUUAAAUCAGGACUGCUAAACAAUAUUAUUUACUCUGGGGGACGGACACGGUCGUUGUACCGGGGGAGCUUCGGGUGCUUUGUUGCACUAUGAAGGAUAUUAGUCAACGAAUGAUGCACUCGCCAGACUCGGACGUAAUAGGCCGAUAUAAAGGCGAAAAGACUAAACAACAGUUGGAAAGCGAAGUAAAGCUACUCCGAGAGAAGCUGGCUGCAGCCCAGACUACCCUUGGUGAGAUGGGCCAUCAGAUGGACCUACAGAAGACAAGAACAAGACAACUCUUAGCUGGCUGGAAACUCAAACUCGAAGAAAGUGAAGAUAAAAUCAUGUCGCAAGCACACGAAAAAGACUCCCAGUUUACCGAUCUCAUCUCUGAUUUGAUGUACUUUGAGGGAUGUCUCAAGCGAGAGAGGCAAGAAAUUGUUUCAAAGCUUGGUGACAAGGAUCGCCGUAUACGCGAACUUGAACGACAGGUUAUGAAGCAAGAAAAACAGAUUAACGCACUGAACAAAGCAAAUGAGAAACUUAUUAGUAGCUUACACGAUACGAGGGGAAUGUCGAUGUCCGAGGAUGAUAGAAGCAACGGAGCGAAGUCGAGUGACGACUCGCACCACGACGAGAGCAGUAGCAGUCACGACAACAGCAGCGAGACCGAACGCGUCUCGUCACCCUCACCGAUGAUGUCGAGUCGACGUCCGAACGGUAGACGAUGCACGGUACAUACGGGUCCGACGUCGCAGCAAGUCAGUGGGAUAAGACAUCUUAACAACAACACCAUUAAGGCUGGCAGUCCAACUAACGGACAUCAGCAUCGAGUUCGCUUCGUCGAUGAUGUCGUCAAUGACCUGAGCGCGAGUAGACCUCGAAAAGGUUUCCUGAUGAAAACUGAAGAUCGAAGUAAAGCUAGGAAGAUAUCUUUGCCCGCAUAUCGCUUGCCUGUACCCAAUGAAGGUGAUGAGAAUAUAAGGUUCUUCUGAUAUGAACUGAAGCAAAUGACGCAGGUGUAGAACUUGCUUUGAAUAUCAUUAUUGGAAAAGAUUUUUGUCUACAGAUACCAUGUGGUUGUGUAUUGUUGGAGUCCUGCUGGCUCGAACAAAAUGAAGACACUCUAGGGCUGGCAACAAAAUGAUUUGAGGAAGCAUUGAUGUGGGAGUUUCUCGUGUAAUACAUCAGGUUUUGCAGUACAGUGUAAUAAGACGUUUUGAUAAUGCCUAUUGCUUGAAAAAUGAAGACUUGUGGACGAAUUAAUGUGAAACGCGAUCAUCAACUUUAGAGAAAUAUGGAAGAACUCAGUUUUCUGCAACUCCCGCGUUAUACGAAUUAUGUUAAGACAAGAAAUGAAUCUUUUUGAAAGCAAAGUAAAUGGACAAUACUUUAUGACUAUUAUGAGAUGAAUGGAGAUAUGUAUUACAUUUCAGAGGUGUGUUGUAUCGAUAAUGAGGUAUUUUCAUGUGCUGGUAAUACAGUAAAUAUAUGUCAACUUUGAGUUUCGUUUAUUGGCGAAAAAGGAUGUUAAAUGCAUAUUACGAUUAGCAUUGGAUUCCUUCCUAUUUGUUUUCUUCAAAUACUCAAAUUUAUAAAAAUGGCAGGUUUUAUCACAGAGAUAGAUAUUAGUGUUUGUGUAAGACUGAACAAACUGUGUCAACCUGGUAUGAUAAUGAAAUUGUCAUGAUUGUGCAACUCUAAAUUCAUGUCGACUAAGCUGUCAAGAUUUGUUUAAUCUUCCCGGAUAACCAACACGACCAAUAUAGAUGUGUUUAGUUACUACGCAUUAUACCAUUAAUUUGUGUCCCAAGUGCAGUUACUCUAUGAGAUAGUAGAACAGUAUUUUCGUUUUAUUUGAGUUUGGAUGUUCCCUAUCUACCAAGAAAGCAGUUUAUGCGUAUAGGCAUGAACCACGGACCAAUGAUUUUACGACCUCGCCGAAGGAAUCGAUAAUGAUGAUUGAUAGUAAAGAUACUAUUUCGACAUGGUUUCCAACUUCAAUAUCAUUGUUUUUUCACCAAACCUCCACUUACACUUAUGUUUUUGUAUAAAAUCAUAUACAGACAUCAGUUUAGUUAACAUUAAGAGUUCUGUAGGAGUCGUUUAUCAUGUCCUUCGAAAGUUGGUAAAAAAAUGUAGGUUUUCAUUAUAUUAAAUCAUGAGAUCAGACGUGUUAGACCUGCAUUGCAUAUUCAUGAUAUUGAGAUAAAUUUCAAAAUAUUUAUGUGGAAGAAAUCAUAUUACAUAAAUUAAACCACCAUGGCAAGUAGCAAUAUGCCAUACUAAUAUAACAUUUCUUACCGUGAUUAUAUUUCAGAUUUCAUGAGGAAUUUGUGAACCGGGUUUAUUUAUUGUAUGAGUGUACAUAAAAUAUAUCAGCUAGAUUAUAAACA